ACUUAAGAAGGUUAAAGAUUGAAGCUUUAUUCUAUUCAAUUAUUUUCACUACUAACUAGUAACUGGUUAAUGGUUAUUGAGCUGUAACAGUGAAAACUAGAAAGAAACCUUCGUCAACCAAAAAUUGUCACUUUCGCCCCUUUUCGCUGACAAAAUUCUGACUCAAAACACUCUCUUUCGUCCAUCCUUAUGGUCUCUGAUUGAAAUGGCUUCAUCCCUUUUAGCAAGGUCUCUCUUUGGCGCCCAUCGCUUCAUUCACUCUUCUUCACCCUCUCAAGUUCGAAACCCCCGAUUUUUCUCUUCUUUUCUUAAUCUAAAGACAUUAUCUCACUUACCAACGGACUCUGCUCACACAACGAUUAAAACGUUUCAAAUUCAUCGCGCUAUGGCUUCCUCAGUAGCAGGGGACAGAACUAGUUUCUCGACAAAAUAUGUGUCUGUUAAUGACCCUGUUGUUUCUGUUGAUUGGCUUCGUGCUAACAUCAAGGACCCUAACUUGAAGGUGUUGGAUGCAUCUUGGUACAUGCCCGAUGAACAAAGGAAUCCACUUCAAGAGUAUCAGGUUGCUCACAUUCCCGGUGCCCUUUUCUUUGACGUAGAUGGAAUAUCAGACCGCACAACAAAAUUACCACACAUGUUGCCAUCAGAGGAAGCCUUUGCUGCAGCUGUUUCUGCUCUUGGCAUCAAGAACAAAGAUGAUCUAGUUGUGUACGACGGGAAGGGGAUUUUUAGUGCAGCUCGGGUUUGGUGGAUGUUCCGAGUUUUUGGCCAUGAUAGAAUUUGGGUUUUAGAUGGCGGCUUGCCAAGAUGGCGAGCAUCAGGAUAUGAUGUUGAAUCCAGUGCUUCAGGAGAUGCUAUUUUGAAGGCUAGUGCUGCCAGUGAGGCAAUAGAGAAAGUUUAUCAAGGACAGGCGGUUGGCCCAAUUACAUUUGAGACAAAGUUUCAGCCACAUCUUGUGUGGACACUUGACCAGGUAACAAGUAACAUCGAGAACAAGACACACCAACUUAUCGAUGCUCGAUCAAAACCCAGGUUUGAUGGAGCUGUUCCAGAACCUCGAAAGGGUAUAAGAAGUGGCCAUGUUCCUGGGAGCAAGUGUGUUCCUUUUGCACAGGUUUUGGAUGCAUCUCAGUCACUUUUACCGGCCGAUGAACUGAAAAAACGGUUCAAUCAAGAAGGUAUCUCUCUGGAAAGCCCCGUUGUUACAUCAUGUGGAACCGGCGUAACUGCUUGUAUUCUCGCUCUGGGUCUUCAUCGGCUUGGCAAGCCUGAUGUUCCGGUGUACGAUGGAUCAUGGACCGAAUGGGGAUCACAUUCAGAAACGCCCAUCAACACAUCUGAGUAAACUUCAUAAUUUGCAGAGGAUUGGAUUUUACCAAACCACAACCCGGACAGCGAAAAGAUUGUAACAAGAAUAACUAAAACAAAACAUUUGUGUUUUUCGUGUCUUGUAAUUAAUGAACUUGGAUUGCCCCACAUCUUGUUUUUCUUUUCAUAGUUUACUUUUAAAGGGAGGCUUUUUGCAUUUUGGUUUUGUUAAUUUGAAAGAUAAUAAUUAAUGAUCUCUUUGUUGGAACAUAAAUGAGAAGUUGGCAACAUACUCAAUAUUGUUUCA